AUGGCCACCACAGAAGAACCGACGAUCGAGUUGAAGGUUUUCGUGGACAAGAAGAAGAGUAGGGUGCUCUUCGCGGAGUCCGGCAAGGAGUUCGUCGACGUGCUCUUCGGCUUCCUCACGCUACCUCUCGGCACCAUCGUUCGCCUACUUGGCAAAGAGUCUCAGGCCGGAUGCCUGGACGAGCUCUACAAGAGCGUGGAGAGGCUCCCCACGGGCUUCUUCAGAACCGAGGCCUGCAAGACGAUGCUUCUCAGUCCCAUUAAUGGCGCAGCAAAGCAGUGCUGUCAACUCAAGGUCAGAGUCGACGACACCAAGCACAGGGAGGUCUAUGUGUGCACGAGCUGCUACGUCCAUGCCAACUGCGCGUACAGCUCGGUCCCUGGCGCUGUCUGCAAAUGUGGAGAUACGAAGUUCAUCAUCACAGAUGAUUUCAAAGUUGCACCAGCGUCAACUUCUCUCAUGUUGUUCCUUUUGGACAAGUUUGAAGUGCAAGAUCCAUCCAGUUUAGAGCAGACGACCAUCCAACUUAGUUUGGACAAGAUAAUUGGCCUGCUCAAGAGAUCAUUAACUUCCAAGGACCCUUUAACUGGUCACUAUUUUAAUGUUGCUAUGGCGCAUGAUGAUACAGGCAUAGAUAUGCUCCAUGAGAGUUUGCAUCAGGAGCAAGAUAAUGGUGGUGAACACACGCCAAUUAAUCUCAGCAUAAGUGUUCUUCAGACCAAGAACAACUCGUCGGUGUUGUAUGCUGAAGUUGGUGGCGAUUUUGUGGAUCUCCUCUUUGGAUUGCUGAGCAUACCGCUAGGAUCCAUUGUGAAAAGCUAUGGAAAGUGCGGAUCAAAAGGGUGCGUUGACAAUCUUUACAGUAGCAUCGGUGGAAGUGUUAAAGGAUUCUUAAGACCAGAAUGUCAGAGCUUUCUACAGUCCCCAAAGUUGACCCCCUUCUUCGGUUGCGGCACUAGCAAGAUACUUCAAGUUGAAGAACUAUCUCCAUAUAAGGAAGAGAUAGGAACCUGCUUUAAGUGCUUCAAGACCUAUGGAUUUUCGAAUCUUACAUACUGUCACGAGAAUAAUUAUCGUUAUCCAUAUUAUCAUAUAAAUUGUAUAGAAACUGUCAAAACCACGAACCUUUGUGAGAUGGAUCCGAAAUCACCAAAGGAAGAAUGUGAAAAUGGAGAAGCAUAUGUAAAGCAGGGGCAUCAGAAAUUUAUAGUGACUGAUGAUCUGCAUGUUCUUCCUCUGUCCUUAGCAAUCACUCUACAAGUUAUUAGUGAAGCCAAGAUUCAAAAAAGGGACCUCGUGGAGAAAGAACUGGCUCUCACAAAACCCCAGGUUAUGGAGAUAUUUAAAGCUGCUUCGGUGACUCGCAAAGCACUCAGCACUGUACUUCUGCCUCCCAUGAAUAUGAAGAAGCUGUAUCACCACAGCUUUGGCCUAUAUUAG